GAGGAGCAGGAGGAGGUGGGGCGGUGGUCGAGAAGAUGUCCGCCUCGGUGGGGCCCCAGGGCGGCCCGCGCCCUCCCCCCGCGCCGCCGUCCAUGCCGGACCUGAGCCACCUGACGGAGGAGGAGCGGGAGAUCAUCAUGGCCGUGAUGGCUCGGCAGAAGGAGGAGGAGGAGAAGGAGCAGGCCAUGCUGAAGACGCUGCACAAGCAGUUCGAGAGCUACAAACAGGAAGUGCGUCGCAUCGGGGUGGAGACGCGGCACCAGCAGACGCAGCAGAAGGAUGACGCCCCCACCUGCGGCAUCUGCCGCAAGACCAAGUUUGCCGACGGCUGCGGCCACCUCUGCUCCUACUGCCAGACCAAGUUCUGCGCCCGCUGCGGGGGCCGGGUGUCCCUGCGCUCCAACAAUGUAAUGUGGGUUUGCAACCUGUGCCGUAAGCAACAGGAGAUUCUCACUAAAUCUGGAGAAUGGUUUUCCGGGUCGGGGGUGCGGCCCGGGAGCCUCGGCACCACCUUGAACGACGCGGCCUCCAGAGGUGAGGCUCAACGCGACAGGAAGCUGCUCCGCUCCAAAUCACAAGCCCCGCCCUCCAGCACAAACGCAACUCUGCCGGACGGAACGGCGUCGCCUGCCGGAGUCAUCGCUGCCAAAGGUGGCAACGCCAUGCCUGGAUCCCGGACCCAGAGUGAACCACCGAGAGAAAAGAAAAGACCAGUUUCCCUCCAUGAACAGAACGGCAGAGGGGGGACGGGGCGCGGCAGUGGACGCAGACCUGCUGGAAAGCUUCAGUCCCACUCGUCCCUGGACGAGCGUUCGGGUCUCGGAGACAGAGGAGACCGAAGGUUAGGGAGCGGACGGCGGCUGGAGAAGAUCAACUCUCAGGACUACGAAGACGGGAAUGAGAACCUGGGAGGUUCUGGGACACGCAGGAGACGCCCAGAGGACGAGGAGCAGCAGGAGAGGCAGCGCCGCGAGGAGGAGUUCCAGAAUCGUUACCGUAGCGACCCCAACCUGGCGAGGUAUCCGGUGAAACCGCAAAAGGAGGAGCAGGAGAUGCGCAUGCACGCUAAGGUGUCCAAGGUUCGGCACGAGCGGCGGCACAGCGAUCUCGCCAUCAACGAGGUCGGGCUCGGACCGAAUGAAGGAGGAGGCAGGGGAGGUCAAGUACCUGAAAACCGCCUGAGCAGGAGGAGCGGGCGUGGGGAGGGAGACCGUAAAACCCUCCUUGAGAACCACCAGGCUUUCUCUGGGGACAGGACCGCGGGAAUGGGAGGUGGGGCACCACCCGUGGGAGAAGGAGGGAGAUCGGGGCCUCAGCUCGGAGGACUGGUUCCUGACCUGAACCAGAACAGUAGCCACCAGGAUCCCGGUCCAAUGCGGGACAAAGGUGGGGACGGCCUGCUGAGGAAGGACUCCCAGAGCUCCGACCAGUCGGAGUCUUUGCGGCCGCCUCCUUCGCGCUCCUACAAGAGCAAGCGGGGCGGCAACAAGAGGCAGAUGUCCAUCAGCAGCUCGGAGGAGGAGGGCGGCUCCACGCCCGAGUACACCAGCUGUGACGACGUGGACAUGGAGAGCGUCAGCGAGAAAGGAGACUUGGACUGCCAUCCUUUAGAUCCUACAGUGUGGCACCAUCCUGUUACGUGGCAGCCGUCCAAAGAGGGCGACCACCUGAUCGGACGCAUCACCUUGAGCAAGAGGUCGGCCUUACCUCGAGAGGCCGGGUCCCUCCUGGGCCUGAAAGUGGUGGGAGGGAAGAUGACAGAAACGGGAAGACUCGGGGCCUUCAUCACCAAAGUAAAAAAAGGCAGCCUGGCAGAUGUGGUGGGACACCUGCGAGCAGGUGACGAGGUGUUGCAGUGGAACAGGAAGUCGUUGCCCGGAGCAACCAAGAAAGAAGUCUACAACAUCAUUCUUGAGUCCAAGGCCGAGCCCCAAGUGGAGAUUGUAGUUUCAAGACCGAUCGGAGACAUUCCAAGAAUCCCGGGCUCCACUCAUCCCCCGCUGGAAUCCACUGGUUCCAGUUCCUUUGAGUCCCAGAAGAUGGACCGUCCCUCCAUUUCGGUGAUGUCCCCGACCAGUCCCGGCACCCUGCGGGAUCUUCCUCUGGAGCUGCCGGGACAGCUCUCUGUGAAGCUGUGGUACGACAAAGUGGGUCAUCAGCUGAUCGUCAACGUCCUCCAAGCCGUAGACCUGCCCCCUCGACCCGACGGCCGGCCCCGGAACCCGUACGUCAAAAUGUACUUCCUGCCUGACCGGAGUGAUAAAAGUAAACGACGGACCAAAACCGUGAAGAAGAGCGCCGAGCCCAAGUGGAACCAGACCUUUAUUUAUUCCCACGUUCACCGGCGGGACUUCAGGGAGCGGAUGCUGGAGAUCACGGUCUGGGACCAGCCCCGGGUUCAGGAGGAGGAGAGUGAGUUUCUGGGCGAGAUCCUGAUCGAGCUGGAGACGGCCCUGCUGGACGACAUUCCUCACUGGUAUAAGCUCCAGACCCACGACGCGUCCUCCAUCCCUCUGCCGCAGCCGUCUCCGUACCUUUCCCGCCGACACGGCCACGGAGACAGUCCCAGCAAGAAACUCCAGAGGUCCCGUCGCAUCACUGACACAGAGUUUGAUGAUGGUUUGGUAGUUGGGACCAAAGGUGCCGAGCGUAACUCCCGGGACAGAGACCGGGGCAGUUCGUUGGCCGUCCCGGAGCAGCAGCGUCCCGUCCAACACCGGUCCCGUUCGGUGUCUCCUCACAGAGAGGACUCCUGCCGGGCUCGGUCUCGACCCGCACAUGUGCCCAUGCAGAGGAGUUUGGAUGAGAUCCACCAGAACCAUCACCCCCGCUCACGGUACCACGAGUCCUCCCUGGAGCAUCAGCGCUCCGGCGACUCGGACUACGAGUACUCGGAGGACAGCGAGGUUCUGGAGGUGCACAGGUCCAUUCGGGGCGGGAGUGCCGAGUGCCUACACACCAACAGGAGCAUAGGUAGAUACAGCACACUCCCCCCCAAAAUGCCCCUUUUAGUAAACGGCAUCCAUAAAGACAUCUACAGCUCCACCCUCCCCGCAUGCCUCAAAGGCAAGCCGCCUCACAGGAUGGAGGGGGGCGCCACCUUGCCCCGCAGCAUCCUCACGCACCGUGUGCUCAGGUUCACUGACGAGGUCACGGUUAGCGACCUGCAGCCGUCGUUGGACAGAGUGAGGAGUGCCAGCACCACCUGUCUGAGACCGGACUCCAACUUUCACUCCUACGACCGGCAGAGCUGGAGUGCUCCUCCUCCCACCCCCUCCAGGGGUUCCAACUCUUUGCCCUGCAGGUUCCCCCCAAGCCCCCGGAUCUUAGUAGAGCACGUGUCUCCUGAGGACGGCAGUCGCAUCCAGCCCACUUCUAUUUUGAGGGGCAGUAGAAGGAGCCGGGGCCCCCUGAGGCCCUUUGCCCAGACUGGACUAUCAGGGUCCUGUCCCAACUCGCCACGACCGGACAGAGCACGUCCACACGGCGACCCCUCCCCGCCGCCGUCAGGUCGAAGGGGUCGACAGCUGCCGCAGCUUCCUGCGAAGAGCAGCAGCAUCGAGCAAGCCUUGGCGGCGGACGAUCGAGCCCGACAGCUGCCCGUGAAAGUCCACCCCUGCCGGCCUUCAGCCUCCCACGAUCCUCAGACGGACCUGAAGACCAAGCGGGAGAUGUUUGCGGAGCAGAGGCGCAGCAGCGACAACACGUCGGCCCGGUCUUCGGACAGCGACAUGAGCGACGUGUCGGCUCUGUCCCGCGCCAGCAGCGCCUCUCGUCUCAGCAGCACCAGCUACAUGUCCGUCCAGUCGGAGCGGCCCGGGGGACGGCUCAGGUCCAAGUCUUUAGAGGAGGACAAGAAGGACAGGAGGAUCUCAUGGGGGAUGAACGGCGAGGAGGAGAGGAGGAGGGUAGCGGAGAAGAGACGCUUCUCUGAUGAGUUGAAGCGCAGGAGACACACUGUAGCCGGAGACACGAGGGAGUCCAGCCGGCACAUGAGGUCCUCGAUGGGCCGCAACAUGAUGAAGAGCUCCAGCGUGAGCGGCGAGAUCUACGGGCAGGAGCACACGGACGGCAGCCAAUCGGACACGGCGCUGGGCACGGUGGGCGGGGGCAGCAAGAAGAGGCGCUCCAGCCUCAGCGCACGCGUCGUCGCCAUCGUCGGCAACCGGCGCAGCCGCAGCACGUCACAGAUCAGCGGCCCCGAGGGGAAGAGUAAGAAGGAGAAGGGCGCCCCGAUCCAGAGGAGCACGGAGACCGGCAUGGCCGUGGAGCUGCCCAGGAACAUGAGCCGGCAGCCCAGCAGAGAGUCCACCAACGGCAGCAUGAACAGCUGCAACUCUGAGGGGAAUUUGAUCUUCUCUGGAGUGAAUCUGGGAGCCAGUAGCCAGUUCAGUGACUUCCUGGACGGACUGGGACCAGCUCAGUUAGUGGGCCGACAGACUCUGGCCACUCCUGCCAUCGGUGACAUCCAGAUCGGAAUGAUGGAGAAAAAGGGUCAGCUGGAGGUGGAGGUCAUCAGAGCUCGAGGACUUGUACAAAAACCAGGAUCCAAAUCGCUCCCUGCUCCGUACGUCAAAGUCUACCUGCUGAACAAUGGAGCCUACGUAGCCAAAAAGAAAACCAAGAUUGCACGGAAAACGCUCGACCCGCUGUACCAGCAAGCUCUGGUGUUUGAGGAGAGCCCGCAGGGUAAAGUCUUACAGGUGAUCGUCUGGGGAGACUAUGGCCGCAUGGACCAUAAAAGCUUCAUGGGAGUAGCACAAAUCCUGUUGGACGAGUUGGAAUUAUCCAGCACGGUCAUCGGCUGGUACAAGUUGUUCCCACCAUCCUCCUUGGUGGACCCGACUCUCGCCUCCCUAACGCGAAGAGCCUCCCAGUCAUCUCUUGACAGCUCGCCCGGACCACCUGGAAUCCGAUCCUAGUGGACCAAAAGUUCUACGUAGUACGUUGAGGGGGAAUCAAAACAACAAAAAGGACUCUUGAAACGAGAAGCAAAAAAAGUGAAAGUGUAGAACAACAAUCAGAAACAGACACG